GACCCUGGCCAGGCCCGGUCCCACCGGCCGGGCGCGCGAUGCGCCCCGGGGCCGCCCCCCGGCGCCGCUGACGCCGCGGCCCGCGGAGACCCCGGCCGGCCGGCCCCGGAGGGCGGGCGCCCCGGCGCAGGCCGCGAUGGCGGGGAAGGCGGCCGCCCCGGGCGCCGCGGUGCUGCUGGUCACGGCCAACGUGGGCUCGCUCUUCGACGACCCAGAAAACCUCCAGAAGAACUGGCUUCGGGAAUUCUAUCAGGUCGUCCACGCGCACAGACCGCACUUCCUGGCCCUGCACUGCCAGGAGUUCGGAGGGAAGAACUAUGAAGCCUCCAUGUCGCACGUGGACAAGUUUGUGAAAGAACUGCUGUCCAGCGACGCGAUGAAAGAGUACAACAGGGCACGGGUCUACCUGGAUGAAAACUACAAGUCCCAGGAGCACUUCACGGCACUAGGAAGCUUUUACUUUCUUCAUGAAUCCUUAAAAAACAUCUACCAGUUUGACUUUAAAGCCAAGAAGUAUAAAAAAGUCACCGGUAAGGAGAUCUACUCAGACACGCUGGAGAGCACGCCCAUGCUGGAAAAAGAGAAGUUCCCACAGGACUAUUUCCCCGAGUGCAAGUGGUCGAGGAAAGGCUUCAUCCGGACGCGGUGGUGCCUUGCGGACUGUGCCUUUGACUUGGUGAACAUCCAUCUUUUCCAUGAUGCUUCCAACCUGGUUGCCUGGGAGACCAGCCCUUCCGUGUACUCCGGGAUCCGGCACAAGGCCCUGGGCUACGUGCUCGACAGAAUCAUUGACCAGCGAUUCGAGAAAGCAUCCUACUUUGUCUUUGGCGACUUCAACUUCCGGCUGGAUUCCAAGUCCGUGGUGGAGACGCUCUGCACAAAGGCCACGAUGCAGACCGUCCGGGCCGCCGACACCAACGAGGUGGUGAAGCUGAUAUUCCGCGAGUCCGACAACGACCGGAAGGUGAUGCUGCAGCUCGAGAAGAAGCUCUUCGACUACUUCAACCAGGAGGUGUUCCGGGAUGACAACGGCACCGCGCUCUUGGAAUUUGACAAAGAGCUGUCUGUCUUUAAGGACAGACUAUAUGAACUGGACAUCUCGUUCCCUCCCAGCUACCCGUACAGCGAGGACUCCAGCCAGGGCAGGCAGUACAUGAACACCCGGUGCCCGGCCUGGUGCGACCGCGUCCUCAUGUCCCCGUCCGCCAAGGAGCUGAUUCUGAGGUCGGAGAGCGAGGACAAGGUUGUCACCUACGACCACAUCGGGCCCAAUGUCUGCAUGGGAGACCACAAGCAGGGAAGCGAUGCCAGCGCCACGAGGGGACGCCCGGCGAGACCUCCCUGUAGCACGAGGACCCACGGCAGUCGCGGCCCCAUGAACCACGUCCUCCGACGGCUGCACCGACAGACCCGCCCGAGCGCCACCGCUAGACGGCCGGCCCCACACUUUGCUUCAGCCCCGGACGGCACUCCGGACAAGCCUCACAUACCUCACCGUCCUGUCUGUUCGUGUGACAUCAAGUAGAAACAUUGGGUUUUUUUUAAAUAAGUCACAGUCCUGUUGCCAAAACUCUCAUCGACAGCAAAGAGAUUCUGUGCUUAGACGUCACGGUUCUGAUCUGUAAUCACUGUCCGCGUGGAGGAGCGUCUCCGGCGCAGAGACCCCACAGGCCUGCGCGUCCCCUCCGCGGCGUGGCCCUCGCUGCUCUCACGUGUGCAGGCCCUCCCCUGCCCGUCACUCCGCCGCCACGUUACGUGGUGUCUGAAUCACUGCAGCUGCUUUCCAUUUUUAUAUAUAGAAAUAUAUACUUUUUAAAAAUAAUUUAUAAACCUUACCAAAACUUACGCUAAAUAUACUUUCCAGUAUGAACGCUUGAGUGUCCUAACAGCAGGUAGAACUGGUGUCUAGGCGUCUGGUUAUGUGCCCGUCAACACACAAAGCUGUAAGACAAGCACUGCGACCCGGCAGAGCCGGCAGGGCUCGGACCGACCACAGCACAUCCGCACGAGCAGUCUGACACGCCUAGGCCUUUUUCCGUGUCAUGUUAAGAACUGAAUGUGAAGUGUAUAGCUAGCCUGGGUGUACCUUUUAAGAAUUUUGUAAACCGUUUUGUCUGUCUUUUGUUACUGUUCUACGGUGCCGAGUAUUCUACAUAAGACAAUAACAUCACGGGAGAAAUAAAAUAGCCUCGUCUGCUUCCGACAGAAACUGCGUCUAACCUGGGCUGUAUAUAAAAACAUUCGGAGAAGCAGACUGUACACGUCCUCGGCAGCUGCGCCUCCGACGACCCGUCAUCACCCUGCUGCAGUCCUGGCGCCCGGCGCCCGGCGCGGCGGGGAGAGGUGGUCCCAGGGCCCGUGGGUGAAACACAAACGGACGCCUCGUGGAUGUGUUUUAACACUACAGAGCUCCGGGCCCGGGCGAAGCCGCUGGGGCGGAGCUUGUCUGGAUAAAUCACUACCGUUACAGGUGACCCGGCGUCCGCUUCCCGAAUCUGUGUCUCCACGGGACGCUGGGGGCCUGGGUCAAGCUGCGGUCGCUCUGCUCUGUGCACGUGCCACACGGCCGUUCUGGCCCGCGGCGGUUCUGUGUAGCGGCGUUUCAGCUCUGGUCCUUCUGGAGGCCUUUGGAAACGCCCCUCCAGUCCCUAAGCAAUAAAAUGAUCUUG